AUGGCAGAAGACAAAGGUGCUUAUUUGAUUUUUGAUAGUGCAUCAAAUGGUUCGUUAUUUAUUGUGUGGAAAAGAGAGAAAGUGGAGAAUGCUUUAAUGUUUAUAAAACCUACAAAACCUGUUCCAGAAUUUAAAUUUACUAAUCAUAAUGGGAAAUCAGAAUUAAUUAGAAAUUUACAAUCUGAUAAAAAAUUGUUUUAUUCCGGAUUAUGUCAAUUUAUUAAAGAAGCAAGGGAUAUAAAGGGAGAGGUAAGUUUAUUACCACACUUAGAUGAAUCAUCUCCCAUAAAAGUGGACAUAUAUUUUUUAAAAGGAAACAAUGUCUCAUCAGUUAAAGUAGGUACAUCUUUUUUUGCUCAUGAAGUUGAUGCUGUAAGUAUUUUACCAAAAGGAUCAAGUUCAUUAAUGGUUAAGACUAUAAAGAAAGAUAUGUUUGUGUGUAGAGGAAAUACAGAAGGUGCUAGUAUUAGUUUCUGA